AUGAAAUUAACUUUAGUAUUAAUACUAUCACUGUUAUCAUGUUUAUUGGUAGUAAAAAGUGAAGAUCAAGAUUGGACUUACUCAGAGGUAAGAGAUGAACAACUCAAUCAAUUUACAGAGCAAGUUGAAAAUGAAAGGUUAAAUCAUUAUGAAGAAAAUUUUCGAUUUGGGUCAGUCAAUUGGAAGGAAAUAGUUGAAUAUUUAAAGGCAGCUCAAAAGACUCUAUUUGAACACUUGGAUCAAGCUACCUCUAAAGGUACCACUGAUUUCUUAGGUGGUUUGGUUUCUGGUUUCCAAGAAAUUGCAAACCCAGGUAAACAUAAAGUUUGUUUGGUUGAUAAAGAUCAAAUUAUAGGAGCUAUUUUCAGACCAAAUCCAGUCGAGCUAACAGGAAAAGACGAAAAGCCUCUUGAAUUAUAUGAAAUCUUUUCAAGCUAUUUGAUUCAUAUUGCAGAUAAUAUGGAUACUUUGCCAAGUAACACUAUUUCCAACUGUCUUUUUAAAUGGCAAUCUGAUAAACUCAGAGUAUGUGCCCAACACGUUUUAACUGAGCCGAAUUUGGCUCAAUCUUUUAUUCGUCAAAUGAUCAUUCAUCAAAGUAUACCAGCCAUUUUAGAUCAAGUUCUUGAUAUGAAUACCCAACUUUUGCAUGGUGAUCUUGCCGGUGCUGGAACAGCUGUUGGUAAGAUUGCAGGGUUAAUAUUUGUUGUAUUUUGGGGUGCUCCACCAAGCUAA